UUUAUGUGGACUAGCCCCUGAACCCGCUUUACCUACUAGAUAGCUCUUGACUCCAUGCUUGGACAGCUCAACAAGGCUGCCCGUUUGGGCCGGCCCGCUCCUGCAGCUCGACGGGCCAUGCGCGUGCGAUGCGCAGCUGUUGCCGCGCCGACACAGCAGAAGCUCAUUGCGCUGGACUUUGAUGGCGUGGUGUGCGACUCGGUCGGGGAGAGCAGCCUGUCCGCCUUCAAGGCCGCCGCCAUCCUGUGGCCGCACAUCUUCGAAACACCCGCUGCCGAGUCCCGCAAGGGGGAGCUGGUAGAGAAGAUGCGGGCCGUGCGCCCCGUGGUGGAGACCGGGUAUGAGAACAUCGUUCAGAUCCGGGCCCUGUACGAGGGCGUGUCGGUGGACGACAUGCUGAGCAGCUGGGAGCACCUGCUGCCAGCCAAGAUGGCGGAGUGGGGGCUGCAGCGAGGAGACAUGGUGGAGUUGUUCGGGCGGGUGCGUGACGACUGGAUCGCGGCCGACCUGGCUGGCUGGCUGGCGCCCAACCGCAUCUACGACGGCGUGGCGGACCCGGUGCGCACGGCGCUGGCGGCACACCACGUGUACAUCGUCACCACCAAGCAGGCGCACUACACAGAGAUCCUCUUGCGCGACAUGGCGGCAGUGCCCUUCCCGGCAGACCGCAUCUUCAGCCAGACCGUGUCGGGCCGCCCCAAGGGCGAGGUGCUGGCCAACCUGGCGGCGGCGCACCCGGGCGCAGCCGCCAAGAUAUUCGUGGAGGACAAACUCAGCACGCUGGAGAAGGUGGCCAAGGACCCCUCCCUGUCCGACUGGAAGCUGUUCCUGGUGGACUGGGGGUACAACACCCCCGCCGAACGCGCCCGCGCCGCCGCCCACCCCGCCAUCACCGUGGUGGACAAGCAGCAGUUCGUGGAGCUGCUGCAGCCCUGAGAAACAGGAGGAGGAGAGGGAGGAGGAGGCAUGUGGAGGGAGGAGGCGGAACAGGAGGAGGAGGCGGAGGCAUGUGGAGGGACGUCUGGGGGCUGUGUUGCGUAGUUGCGUCACUCACUUCUGUCGCCUGGUGUGAUCUUGUACGCGUGUGUGGUGCUCCUCGGCGUGCGCUUUGGGUGAUGCUGAUUGCUUCGUGAGUUUCGGGCUUGUGUAUGACUGUAUGGUCCAGGUGAGGAAAAGCACAGCUGCAGAUUGUGUGGUUGUGCGUGUGAUCUGAUGUCGUAAGAGAGAGGUCAUUGCGAUGAGCGCUAUGGUGGUAGCCUCAAGAAGUGUCGUGCAACAUGAAUGCCAAGUGACUGGGUGCGGUAACUCGGCUCGGCGCAUGUAGGCGACGUUGACGGCCGUUGCAGGACUGCUGCAGGACUCGUAUGGUGCUAGUUUGAACUGCGCUACUGCGGUGUGCAUGGGUGUGUUUUGGUUCCGUGCAUACCGGGUGCGGGUGCGGGUGAGCAGCUUGUGUGGGGAUGAGGCUGAUGGUAGGACUCGACAUGGACUAUGUUACAUUC